AUGUUCAGCUUCAAGUUGCUGUUAGUUUGCAUUAUGGUGCUGGUUCACUGUGCUCUCAGCAUGCCCACCGUCGUCGGAGAACAAUUGAUUCCGGUGGAAGUUUAUUCUGAUGCUCAAGGCACCGAUGAUCUGGUGGCUGCGGAACAUCACAGCCAUGGAUAUGGAGGAUAUGGAGGAUAUGGGGGAUAUGGUGGAUAUGGUGGAUAUGGUGGAUAUGGUGGGUACGGUGGGUACGGGCACGGUCACCAUCAUCACGGUCACCAUCAUCAUCACAAUGGUCAUAUCGAUUAUUAUGAUUACUAA